AUGACGAAAACAUUAUUUCUCGGAAUUAUUGGAGUCGGAGGAGUUGGAAAUGCAUUUCUAGAACAGCUGGGGCGGCUCCCAACCCCACCUAAGCUCAUUCUUCUUGCACGCUCAUCGCAAUCCCUUCUUGCCCCCUCACCGGGAUAUUCGCCAUCUAUCCCGAUCACAAGUUGGAACAAAGCCACAGAAAAAGAAUCAUUAAUCAAAUGCGGAGCUCUCACCCCGGUCGAGAUGGUCGAAUAUCUCGGCCGUGCUCCAGGGCCUACCAUCGUGGUCGAUAACACCUCCGACCUCGCCCUCGCACAGGCAUAUCCUCUCUUCCUCAGAAAGGGAAUUUCAAUAGUGACCCCAAACAAGAAGGGAUUUUCACAGGAUCUCGGCCUCUGGGAUGAUAUUUUUGCUGCUGCGACAGAGGGAAACGCUCUCGUGUACCAUCAGGGUACAGUAGGUGGUACGCUGCCGGUACUCUCAACGCUGAGAGAUUUGAUAGCGACCGGCGACGAAAUCAUCGGAAUUGAGGCUGUUCUCUCAGGCACUCUAUCGCAAUUACUCGGGACAUACAUGCCCGCAUCUGGAACAUCGACGGAGAGUUGGAGUUCACUGGUCGCUCGCGCUCGAGAGGCUGGCGAGACGGAGCCAGACCCUCGAGAUGAUCUGGACGGCCUUGACUUUGCUCGGAAGCUGACCAUCAUCGCUCGCAUCAUUGGCCUCCGGGUCACCGGCGCAGAUGAAAUCCUAGUCGAAUCACUUAUCCCCGUGGAACUUAGGUCUUUGCCAUCAUCGAGCGAGGGCGUUGAACAGUUCAUGAACCAAUUACCUCAAUUCGAUUCCCGAAUGGAUGAGGCGAAGGAAGCUGCCCAGAAGCAGGAUAAAGUCUUGCGCUACGUUGGUAGUAUAGAUGUACCGACAAAAACUAUCAAGGUUGGGCUGCAUCAGGUUGACAAGAAUAGCCGAAUUGCUGGGUUGGUGGGUACCAAAUUUGUGAGCAUGUAUACUAAACGAUACAAAGAGACUCCCUUGGUUCUACAAGGAGGCGGGGGAGGAGGCGAGAUUACGGCCUCGGGAUUGAUGGCCGAUCUGCUCAAGGUGAUGGAGCGACUAGGAUAG